AUGAUUCAUUUAGACUAUUUACAAAAGGUUUAUAGAGAAACAUAUAAUACUGCACGUGUUCUUUCGUCCGGCAUAGAAACUUGGGAAAAUUGCUUUACAAGAAUAUUAUAUAGUAAUAAAGGCUUAACGGAGAAAGAUAAAAAAAUUAUUCAAGAGUGGUCUAUCGAUUUUUUUGAGCAACGCAAAGAAAGAGAUGAAAGUGGCAAACCAAUGCAAUGUUCAAAAUGUAAUUCAAUUAAAUAUUCGUAUAUAUAUUGCAAAAAUUGCAUGAAAAAGAAGCUUGAGAGCCAAUUUAGGAACUGGACGUCAGGAAAUAGAUACAUCGAUGAUUGUAUUCAACGACGUCAGUCAGAGAUAUCUAUGUCUGGUUCCAUUAUAGAAUGGAUACCAUUUGAUCAAUUUGAAGAGAUUGAAUUUUUAGCCAAAGGCGGUUUUAGCAAGGUCUAUACAGCUAGAUGGACUAAAGGCUCGAUUGAUAAAUUGGAUGAGGAAAAUGAAUGUUUUAUUAGGACUGGUACUUUAGAUGUUGUAUUAAAAUCGCUUAAUGAUUCAGAGCAGAUUGGGGAAGAAUUUAUUAAGGAGGUAAUUAAAAUGUGA